UCCGCCUCCGUCUUCCUUCGGCAGCUCUUCACUGCCGCCUCGCCUCCGUUUCCGUCUCUCCUACUUCCGUCUCCCAUCGCCUCUGGAUUUGAUCCCGACAAAGUCCCCAUCCUUCCCUCAAUCCAUAGAAGAAAAAUCGAUUCCAAAUUUGCAGAAACCUCUUUCGAUUUGGAAAAUCAUCAAAGUUCGUAGAUAGAUCGAGAGAUGGGGCGAGAUCAAUAACCCCCUUGAAAAUGGAUACGCGAUUCCGGUACGUAGUAGAUGAUCCAUACUCUGAUGCCGUAGACAUCCACCACGUCGAAGUUCGUAAGAGUAGUAAUGGUAGAUUCUUCAAUGCUGCAGUAUUUCUCGCUGCAGCAUCUUCUGUUGCCUUCCACCUUCCGACAAUGGUAAAUGAGAGAUUGAUUCCUCAAUCUCUGUACUGGGUCUUCCUAUUUACUGCUAUUUUCAUUCUUAAAUGGGUUCGUCCUAAGGUUGUUAAAGAAUCUGUUGUGAUAAUGCCAGCUUUUGGAAUCCAACUAGAAACACAUUACACCAGGGGAAGAACCAACCGUCGAUUCAUUCCCAUGCACAAGAUUCUAAAACCUGUUCUUGCUGAAUGUUUAACACCAAUGACAUGUUAUUGGACAUUGUCUCUGCUUAUGCAUGGGAGGGAGGAAGAGCUUAUUCUGGUUUUUAAGGACCUACGGCCCCCAGUGGGAAUUUUAGUGCCGGUUUGGAAGGCUUUAUGUGCAGCAGCCACAGAUACAUGUCGAUGAACUAGUGUCCUAUUAACCUCCAUCAAUCUGACAUUCCUUGUUUGAAAAAGAUAGUCAUUUGCCCAAAACCUAACAACAAACAAUGAUAUUGUAUAGAGACAGGAAUAUCUUAGGAUGGCAGCACGAUUUCAGCCUGUACAAGAGUGAUUUUGAGUGACUUCCAAAAUGUAAAUUAGUCUACAUACAAACCUUUAUAUUGAAUCAUUGUAUUGUUCAUCUAAUUGUGGGUGCGCAUUGUUAUCUUGAAUCAAGUUCAUUUCCUGGAUAAUUGUGGGUUAUUCUGAUCAAGAAUCUGCUUUCUUUUGCUGAACAAAUGAUGGGUUGUAACUCAGUAAGUAGUACAUUAUGCUA